CCUUCCCAAAAUCAUCCGCUAAAAAGGUGUGAAGAAUAAUGAUGAUGACUAUCCCAGGACGAGGUGGGUCUUUAGUGGAUCCAUCAUCCCCUAGAUUUUGCCUUUGACUUUGAUCUGACCAAUCAGAGAUGGGCAAUUGACUGGUCACAAAUUUCCCAUCAUGAGCAGAAAAAAGGCACCAUUUCGUCCAAACAGCAAAGGUUCCUUUAGCUUUUCUUUUCUAUAGAUUAGUUAUCCAAGCUGGCUUACAUCACCCGACGCGCAUUUCAUCUUUCUUCUACCGCUUGGUCUGCAGCUUCCAUGUCUUCCAAGAAAGUAUACGAUUAUCUGGUCAUUGGCGGUGGUUCCGGCGGUUUGGCCUCGGCUCGUCGUGCGAGCGGUAUUCACGGAGCCUCGGUCGCUCUCGUAGAGGCUCAGCAUCGUCUCGGCGGUACCUGCGUUAAUGUUGGUUGUGUGCCCAAGAAAGUCAUGUGGAAUGCUGCUUCCGUUGCCGAAGCACUCCGAGAUGCCAAGAGCUAUGGUUAUGCUGUGCAGGAAACCCCUCGAUUUGACUGGCAUAUGAUCAAGGAAAAGCGUGAUGCUUAUGUGAAGCGCUUGAAUGGUAUUUACGAAAGAAAUCUUGGCAACGACAAAGUGGAGCACUUCCAAGGAUGGGCAAGCUUUGUGAACGAAAACACUGUCCGAGUUCAGAAAUCCGAAACCGAGGCCAUUGAAGUGCAAGCUAAGAACAUUCUUAUUGCCACAGGCAGCCAUCCUGUGGCUCCUUCUAUUCCCGGCGCAGAACAUGCCAUCAAUUCGGACGGAUUCUUCGACUUGGAACAACAGCCGAAGAGAGUGGCCGUGGUUGGUACUGGCUACAUUGGCGUUGAGCUGGCCGGUAUCUUCCAUACCCUUGGAACCGAAACCACUAUUUUCUCGCGUACAGAGCACAUCCUUCGUCAUUUUGACCCUAUUAUCCGCGACACCCUGUUGAAAGAGAUGCAAUCGACUGGCGUCAACUUUGCCUUCCACACCAAGAUCAAUGCUUUGAAGCGUGAGACUUCGGACGGUCCCAUCUCUAUUGAAUAUGAAUCCAACGGCACGCCUGAAACGCUCGAAGUAGAUUGCGUGUUGUGGGCUACUGGACGUGUUCCCAACGUGAAGGGAUUGAACCUGGAAGCUGCCAAGAUCAAGACCGAUGAAAAGGGUUACAUUGUGGUGGAUCAUUUCCAAAACACGUCUACUUCGGGAGUGUAUGCUUUGGGCGAUGCUUGUGGUAACUAUGAAUUGACACCAGUGGCCAUUGCGGCUGGUCGCAGAUUGUCGGAUCGAUUAUUUGGUGGCGCUCAAUUCAGCCAAGCCCGAUUGGAUUAUGAGAAUAUUCCUACUGUUGUGUUUUCUCACCCGACCGCUGGCACCAUUGGUUUGACGGAAGACCAGGCACGUGAGAAGUACGGAACUGAAAAUGUCAAGACCUAUGUUUCAAAGUUCACCAAUAUGUACUUUGCUAUGCUCGAGCACAAAGAGCCUACGGCUUAUAAGCUGGUGGUGACGGGACCCGAAGAAAAGGUGGUGGGUGUUCAUCUGCUGGGCAGAGGUUCCGAUGAAAUCCUCCAAGGAUUCGGUGUAGCAGUGCGCAUGGGAGCCACCAAAGCUGACUUUGAUAACUGCGUUGCCAUUCAUCCGACCGCCGCUGAGGAAUUGGUGACUAUGCGCUAAGAAAGGGCCCUCGGUGAAUAUGCAUCCAAAGACAAUGAUGUAAAAUAGAAAUAAAGUUUUUUUUAUAGACACC